GUGUCUCCACUGCUGGAAUUAGAGGCACUCACUGCCAUACCUAACUCUCUGCAGUUCUGGAGAUCUCGGGCCUCCUGCACACUAGGCAAGGGCUGUCCUCUGACCUAGACCCCCAACCCUCUGUUUCGAGUAAGGCUUUAUUCUGACUUAUUUUCUUUAAUGUGAUGUGUUAGGUCCAUAAGAGCCGUCUUCUCCAUGGUAUUGUGGAGCAUCUGGGUGUGGCGUGUGGCAUUUACUGGGCACUAAGGCUAGAGUUGGCAUUUGCCCAGGCUGCUGGGACUGGAAAAGGUGUAAGAUAAGGCUGGAGAGGGAGAACGCUGGAGACUGGCCUCUUGGACUUGGUCUUUGCAGCUUCCUGUUGUGCUCCGUGGCUGGCUAGGGCCUCCUCAGCUGAGGAAGUGUAAACUGAGUUGCCCUGCACUGGAGAGUUUAACAGCUAUUCUAGAAAUCCCUUCCUCUUUGUUUUCUCCAAGAAACCAGCCACUCCGCAUCCACCACCCUUCCCUUUCCGGCCUCUGCUCUCAGCCACUGUGGCCCUCCCUGUAUUUGCUAUUUUCCCCAGGUGCUUUAAAUAAAAAGAAAAUCCUAUCUCAUCUCAUAGCCAGCAUUUCCCAUGUGGUCAAUAUAGGUUCUUUCUUUGGACAAGGUCUUACCAUGUAGCUCUUGCUGGCUUUGAAUUUGCUAGGUAGACCAGAUUGGCCUUGAAUUCACAGAGAUCUGCCUGCCUGCCUCUGCCUCCCCAAUGCUGGGAUUAAAGGUGUUCUCUGUCAUGCCCAGCCCCAUUUUGGUUUUGGUAUUGCUAUUUAUGUUUGAAUGUGUGUGCGUGCGUGCACACUCGAGUGUGAUUGGAUAUGAGCUUGCUAUGGCAUUUGUGUGGAGAUCAGAGGACAUUUUGCUUUGAGGCAGGGGCUCUUGUUUCUGGUGUUGCCCUGUGCACUUGUAUUCUAGGCUAGUUAGCUCAAGUACUUCUGGCAGGUUGUCCUAGAUGCCUGCCACAGCAUCCAGCCCUGUGCAUGGAUUUAGGCAUCAGACACCCCAGAUACAGAAGCAGAGGGUCUCUUUCAUCUGGCUUUAGCACAGCGUCUGGACGCCAGGGCUUCGCUGCCUCAGUUGAUUUGAGGGCUGUCUGCCAUAGUAAGAAGAAAUUCAUUAGCAGAAACAUUACUGUCUGCUGCUGACAGGAGAAGCACUUAGGUCGUUGAAGACAGAUGGAUGCUGUAAAAUGCAUUCUAAAUCUUUGUCAUUGGCGUGGCUGAGGACCGCAGAGAGGACGCACUGGAUCUGUCAUUCAUUUUCCUUUUAGCUCAGAUAGCCCGACAGAGCCUUAGACCCAUGUAUCACCAUCCCUCCUCCUGUUUUCAGAGUCUUUCCAUGGUCUUGGCUCUGACAGAACUUGGGGGCAUCAGGGGGAGUGGGGGAGGGACCACUUUACUUCAGUGUGUUUCUGCAUUUGUUUUCUGUGAGGCUUUGGGGUCAGAGGUAGUCUUUAAAGCUACCCAGUUGAUAGGGGAAAUGAUAAUGUUUUCAUUUUGAUACUGUGAGUUGUGUGUGGUGGCUUUUGGGAGUCUGAAUGAUUGCUGAAAACUUCAAGGCCAGCCUGAGCUACAUGGUAUAUUACUACUGGCCAUCUUGAGCUGUACACCUGUAUUUGUUUCAGUUCUCUAGAGAAAUAUACUAUUGGAAUAUAUAUAUGUGUGUGUGUGUGUGUGUGUGUGUGUGUGUGUAAUAUUAAAAAGAGAUUUAUUAGAGUGCCUUACAGGCUGUAGCCCAGCUAGUCCAGUAAUGGCCUCAUCUUAGUUAGGGUUUCUAUUGCUGUGAAGAGACACCAUGACCAUGGCAAGUCUUAUAAAGGAAAAUAUAUAAUUGGGGUUGGCUUACAGUUUCAGAGGUUUAGUCCAUUAUCGCCAUGAUGGGAAGUAUGGCAUUAUCUAGGCAAACAUGGUGCUAGAGAAGGAGCUGAGAGUUCUACAUCUGAUUAGCAGGCAGCAGGAAAGAGAGCAACACUGAGUCUGGCUUGGACGUUUGAGAUCACAAAGCUCGGGGCUGGAGAGAUGGCUCAGUGGGUAAGGGCAAUGACUGCUCUUCUGAAGGUCCUAAGUUCAAAUCCCAGCAACCACGUGGUGGCUCACAACCACUUGAAAUGAGAUCUGACGCCCUCUUCUGGUGCUGUCUGGAGACAGCUACAGUGUACUUAUGUAUAAUAAUAAAAAAUAAAUCUUUGCUCUAGAGCAAGAGGGGCUGACCGGAGCGAGCAGAGGUCCUAAAUAGAUUUCCAACAACCACAUGAAGGCUCACAACCAUUUGUAUAGCUACAGUGUACUCAUAUACAUAAAAACAGAUGAAUAUUAAAAAAAAAAAGAAAUCACAAAGCUCUCAACCCCAGUGGCACACUUCCUUCAACAAGGCCACACCUACUCCAAUAAGCCACACCUCCUAAUAGUGCUACUCCUAUGAGCCGAUAGUGUCAUUUUCAUUCAAACCACCAAGGGUUGUCUCCCAAAAGAAAGGCCACAAGACUGGUUGUCUCAGGUGGUCUUCGGUCUAUAUCAGAAUCCCAGAGAAGUAGGUUCUAAUAUCAGCGAGGGAAUGCCUCAGUCUCAGGAUAGAUAACUUGUCAGUGAGUGUGAGGUCAUGCAUAGCUUGUUCUUCCAUGUCCUUUUAUGGGGACUGCCUCUAGAAAGUGUGGUCCAGGUUUAGGGUGCGCUAUCCAGCUGCAGAUGAUCCAGUUUAGGAUGGGUCUUCCCAUCCUAGAUGAUUCAGAUGAUCCCGAAUAAUCUCCAGCAGCUUGGGUUUCAGUUCAUUCCGGAUGUAGUCACGUUGACAACCGAGAUCAGCCAUCACAACUCCAUACACAUUAAAUAAAAUUAAAGCAAAACAAAAUAAAACUAAUAUUUAUGCCAUUUACUAGUGAGGAUAAACAAUUGUUUUUUGACUUUAUAUAGCUGUUCAUUUCUUGUGUUGGACUAUCUCUCUGUGUGUGUGUUUUUCUUUUUCUUCUCUUUUGUACUUUUCUACUUCUUUUCUUCCUUUCUUUUUUUGGGGGGUGGGUGGGGCAGGGUUUCUCUGUGUAGCUCUGGCUGUCCUGGAACUUGCUUUGUAGACCAGGCUGGCCUCAAGCUCAUGCCUGCCUCUGCUUCCUGUGUGCUGGUAUGUAUAUGUGUGUUUCUAUGCAUGCCUAUCACAUGAACAUAUUUUCCAACCAGCAUGCCAUAGUCAGGACUCACUUGCUACCAUUUGUUGCUACCCUACACCAGUUCCCCAUUCCUAACCUCUCACCAUUAAGAGAAUAUUUAUGUACUUAUUUAGACAAGACUUAUCUAUGUAUCUCAGGUGGCAUUGAACCCGUGAUCCUCCUGCAUCAGCCUUCCAAGUGCUGAAAAUUUUCACAUCCUAAAUACAUGAAAAUUAAUCUGAAGUCUUUCUUACGUGUUGUAAUAUGUAAGAACUAGUGAGACGAAAGCUUCAGUGUUCUUGUGUAACAGCGCAGUUAUGGCCUGCUUGAGCUGUGAGGACAGACAGCAUAUGGUACAGACAUGAGCAUCUUUAUUCUAUGAUUCUGAAAAAUUUGUAUCCCCCUGCCAUAAGUUGUGAUCAGACUUCUUAAGCAAAUGGACAUUUGUUUUUUUGCAUUUGGAAUUUGAGAACAUUAUUUGAGAAGGUCCUGAUUAUUUUAUCCUUUUAAAAAUAUCUAACCAAAUUCUCUAUCGGUAUUAAUUGAAUAAUAUAUUAUUGUUUCAGUACUUGAAGUUCCAGAGUUAUCAAUUAAUAUUAAAACUCAGAUUUGUUCUGUUGAUUUUGGGGCUGACAGGUCAUCAAGUCAUCAAGCUGACAUACAAGGUUCUCUGGGGAUGAGCAUCCCUAACCCUGUGCGUCACCCUGAGCAUCAGAUGGACCACCCACAGUGGUGCCCAGCCACAGGGCUUACUUCUAAGUGCUGACACUGGUACGGUUCUUGGUCCACAGAGGAUUGAUGAUGGCUAAAUGGAGCCACUUGUUAAUGGCUUAUGGACUGUCUGGAGCUGGCCAGCUCUAAAAGUCUCUUGAGCAGCAGUUGGACUUGAUUUAUUCCUUGGACACUGGUGGAGCAGGAAUUUUGUUGUUCUAAGAAACACAUAUGGAGGCUGAUUGUGUUUGGGGACUUCCCUACAUGCCACUCCUGGAUAAAAGUGAAGGUGGAGUCAGAAUAUUUUAUGUAGUUGGUACUGUUUAGUGUUAUCUCUGGAAUGUGAGAGGUAGGUGGUGAGUGCUCUGGGGUCCUGGGUCCAGUUCUAUGUCCCUCUGCCCGUCACUGGUGUGUGACUUAGGCCCAUCUUCUAAGCUCCUUAGUCCAUAUUCUAUUCUAUCAGUAGUCACAUAGAGAUAAUGAACUCUCUUCACUGCUUCCAAGUUAUUCUAAAGGAUAAUGAGGCCGGAUGCAUUACAGGGCCUUGGCCUUUGCUGAACAGUUAUUUUGGCAGCCCUUCCCUAAGGAUGGAGUGUGUGGAGAUUACAUAGGGUUGUUGAUUUGGGCUGUAUGUGGUUUUGCCUGAAGGACAGCAUUGCUUACUGUGUAACUUACUGUGUUAGAAAUAUAGGUUCCCUCUGGUUUGGUCUGUUGUUCCCCCUACCUGGAAAGCAUUCAAGAGAACAUUCAAGUCUUUGUCCUCACCCUGUCUCCAUUGUUAUGCUCCAUAGCAUAUGCUAACUUCUAAUGAGAAUAAAUGACGGAGUGGUGGAGGGAUUCUAACCACUGAUCUUAGCAUUGAGAAUCCCUCAUUUGUCUUCUCCUGGCAUCUUCAGGGAGGUGUGGUGCCUGCCUACUGCCCACUGUUGCUGGUACUGACCCUCCUUUGUUCUGCGUUUUUUUUUUUUCUGAAAAGCUUAGGCACGGCCACCACUUUCCUGCUUCAAAGCUUAGCAUCCUUUGCUGAGCACUGCUCUAAAGCUUCCUUACGAUGUUUGAGGCUGCAGCUCAUCUCCUUUCUAGGCUGUGUUUCUUGUCAUUCCCCCCACAGCUUCACACCUACCCAAGGUCUGGUUUCCAUCCAGAAGUUUCCAACUUUCUUCACAGGUCUACCUCUUUUUCACUGAAGGGCACUUCCCUGAUUCUGGAGUGUGUGUGCCCACAUUCUCAGUAUCCCCGUGUGACCUGCCUGCUGAGCAGGGUGGACUCACCAUCUUCCAGCCAGAGUGGCUGAGUCUGAGGGGCUCACCUGGGGCCUGACAGCCAGCUGGAAUCUCAGUCCUGGCCUUCUGCCAUCCUGUUGAAGAAUCAAGUCAAAGUUAUCCUGACUUGUCCUCCAAGAGAACGACUGCUGUCCCUCCCUGCUCUUGGCUAUAGGUUUUCCUUUAUUUGUGCAUUUAUUGUAGCAUAUCAAAUUGCCAUGUUCCAUGCUGCAGCCUGCAGGAGAGUCCUUCAGUAACUCCCCUCAGCCUGCUUGCUUCCCCAGAACUGCACCUGGCAGUCAUCAAGAAUGCUGUUUGGAUUAAAUACAUGCACUAAUAAAUUCUGCUUUUUCAUAUCCUCUCAGCUGUGGUUUAGGGGCUACAGCACCUGUCAGUUACAGCACUUAAGAUCCCAUGUGUUGGAAAACACCUGUAUUUUGGUCUAUAGCAUAAACAGGGAGUGAUAAUUAUUUUGUUUCUCUGACAUCUCAGAGACAUAAUCAGGUAUUUUAUCACUAGAGGAAAGGUGCUUAACACAUGUUUAAUUAUAUUUUAGGAAAGUAACCUUUUAGCUAAAUUUUGUCCAACAGCAGCUGUACCUGGGAGAGGCUUUGAGGAAAGCGAGCUCCUGCAAUCUGUUAGCCUUUCUCUACAACAGCAUUAACCAAUAAUAAUCCUAGUCUUCAAUUGGGACGGCUGGUAUUUUCCUCCAUCAUGUGAAAUGUGAAAUAGAAGCAUCUUCAGCAGGUGUGGUGGUACACACCUGUGAUCUCAGCACCCAGGGGGCUGGGCCUGGGCUGCCUCGAGAGACCCUGGCAAAACCAAAAGAACAAAAAGAGGCAGUGGUAGGUUUAGAAAUCCUGUUACUGAUCUCCUGUGUAUUGGCCUCAGGACAAGUCUGCAGGUCUCUUCCUAGGUGCCAUUUUGUUAUUUUGUUUCCAACUUGGUUACAACACAUGGUUUCUAGACACAGUGUAAGGUUUUGGCCUCAUUCUUUCCUUGGGCUUCUUCUUUACCUAACUGCCUCUCUGUCAUCUGUUGUCAAGUGAGGAUUCAGAUAACUGGCCCUUCUUUGCAGAGCCCUUCUCGGCAGCUUAGCUCAGAUGGCCUUACAAAGAGGAUGGGACUGACCAGUGAAGCCCUGUGUCUCUUUACAACAGGAAUAUGUUCUGAGGAACAUGUUUCUAGAAGAUUUCCUCAUUGUGUGAACACGGUGUGGACUUCCAAACCUAAGUGGUGGUGGAGCUUGCUGUACCCUUUGACUGUGUGGAAUACAGCAGAGUAUAGGCUGCCCAGUGAGUGGUACGACAUGUUACGGUGUUGAAUUCUGUAGGCAGUUGUAACACAGAGAAAUUUGUGCAGUUGAAUAAUUUAUACACUAGCAAAAGGACAGUGAAAACAUGAUGCUAAUGAGACAAAAUAGCAACAGGCUAUAUACAGCACAAUUUUUGUGGAACGGCGGGGCUUCUGUUCCCUAGAGUAAUGCAGCCCUGUGCACGAGCUCUGCACUUAGGCUGCAACACAUGGAUGCAGUUUUAAAUUUGAUGACAGCUCAUCUUACUGUAAUAAACUUAAAAAAAACUUUUUGAUGUCAAAAAAUUCCAAACCCCAUAGCUUAGAACACAAACCUCCCUUUUUUCUUUUUCUUGCUGUUUCUUGCUUUGACAAGUCCCAGGGAUUAAGCCCAGAGCCUCAUGCAUUCAGAGAUCCUGUUUCUUCUCUUAUUCCUUAAUGUUCAAAAAGUAAUUCUUAUUAGUUUACUUUGUGUGUGUGGUGGUCAGAGGAUAACUGGUAGGAGUCCAGGGGAUUGAACUCGGGUUGUCAGGCUUGGCAGCAAGCACCUCCACCUGCUGAGCCAUCUUGCAAGCCCAUUCUUAAUUUUUUCCUGUGACCAGACUCUUGGUGCAGUUUUCAUUUCUUCUUCAGUGACUCAGUUAACCGUGGACAUAAAGAGGAACCACCCUUCUCUGGACUGAGCCACAUUGGCUGGGAUCUGGAGCAGCCAUGGACCAAGCAAAUGGCUCUGCAGAGACAUCCACGUGGACUUGGGGGUUGAAAAUUCGUAUUACAAAGGAAUAUAGGACGCUUCUAGCACAGGUGUCCAGGGCACCACGCCUCGAGGAAUUCCUAAGAUGUGGAUUGGAAUCUGGGUACUAUUGCUGAGCCAACGCCUCAGAGCUGACACUGUUGGAGACAAAGGAAUGAUAUGAACACUGACUGACCAUAGGAAGCAUGGCCCUCUGGGAUAGGGUUACAGGCUUCCUUCCAGUUCAGCCUUGUGUUAAUUUUCAGUUUUGGUUGUGGGUUUGAAGGCCUCCCACUGCCACAGCUGGAGGGUGAGUUUGUCACAAACCCUGAGCACGAGAGAGCUCUGCCAGAAGGUGGUUUGAGUAGUGUCCAGAGGAAGGAGGGCGUGCUUCCGUUCCCUUCUUAGAUCAGAAAGGCAGUUUCAACUCGGUGGCCCUUUCUUUUCCCACAGACGGUUUUAAGAUCGACCACAGAAAUUAUAUCUCUCCCAAGGAGGGACAUACGUGUCAAAUGGCACAAUUUGGCACAUAAAUUUUGUCCCUGAGAGGCUCACAAAUUCCAGAGUCUGUGUCUGAUAAAAAGGACACUUUCAGUCUUCCUGAAAAUGUGGGGGGAUUUAAAGCACAUUUAGAGAUGAGAGCGGGGAAGGCUGUUGUCAUCGUAACAUCUGAUACUUGCCAUUGGUCUGUGAGUCUGUCCUGUCCUGUUCCUUGCCUGAGUGGCUUUUGCCCUCAAGAGAGUUUGGUCUGGGGUAAUGAUUUACCCAUAUUUGAUCACAUAGAACAGACUAGUAUUUUGUUUCUUCUACACUCUGGUUCUGACAACCAAGAAAGUUCUUUACUAACGUUUUUGACACAUCUGAAUUGUCUUAUUUUGUGAGAUGAAUGAGUGGUGGUUACAAGGAUGGUUUGGGAACUGGAGAGACGGCUCAGUGGUUAAGAGCACUUGCUGCUCUUGCAGAUGACUACGCUGUAUUGCCAGCACCCGCAUGGCUGCUCCCUGUAGCUCUAUUUCUAGGGGAUUUAAUGCCUUCUUCUGGCCCCCAACCCCGGUAGGUUACCAAUGACAGACCAAAGUAAUGAUUCUGUCUAACUAGCUUAGUGGACGAGUGGGUUUAUUUGGGCUUACUAAAUAGGAUGCAGGUGACCCCACACAGCUAUUGUGAUGGUUUGAAUAUGUUUGGCCAUGGGAAGUGGCACUAUUAGGAGGUAUGGCCUUGUUGGAGGAAGUGAGUUACUGUGGGGGUGGGCUUUGAGGUCCUAUGCUCAAGUUCUGCCCAGUGCAGAAGAGAGCCCCAUCAUGGCUGCCUGCUGAAGAAUCUCCUGUCUGCCCUUGGAUCAAGAUCUAGAACUCUUGAGUUCCUUCUCCAGAACAAAGUCUGCCUGCAGGAUGCCAUGCUUCCUGCCAUGAUGGCAAUGGACUGAACCUCUGAAACUGUAAGCCAGCUCCAAUUAAAUGUUUGCCUUUAUAAGAGUUGCAUUGGUCAUGGUGUCUCUUCACAGAAAUAAACCCUAAGACAGGUAUGUAUCACUAAAGUCUCAUCCCUGCCUGGGUGAGACUUCCCUUCACUCCUUCUCCUUAGCUGUAUAGAUGGAGCAUGCCUUUAUUUAUCUUCUCUGUUCUAUCUGACAGGUAUGUCCCACAUGUAUCCCACGGGCUGCAUAUGCCCCAGGAGAGCUGUGAGUGGGGCCCAGUACAAAUCGGAACUUACUUUAUGUAUGACGUCUUGUAACUUGAUUGAUGCUUCUUGAGCAUGAACUGUGUGUGUGACAACUUUGUGUUGCAAUAUCAGAAGAUGGGACACUUGCCUGAGCUGCUCCUAGGUCAUAACACAGGAUCUCAUCUUGCCCAACGGUGGUACUCCAGCAGGCACUGCCAGCCCAGCUUCUUCAUCUUCCCUUCUGAACAGACUUCAGCUUGAUGAUGACAUUGAUGGUGAAGCCAGAGAUCUCUUUGUCACAGUUGAUGAUCCUAAGAAGCACGUCUGCACAAUGGAGACCUACAUCACAUACAGGAUCACCACCAAAAGCACACGGGUGGAGUUUGACUUGCCAGAAUAUUCUGUUCGUCGGCGAUACCAGGAUUUCGACUGGCUGAGGAACAAACUGGAAGAGUCGCAGCCCACUCAUCUCAUUCCCCCGCUUCCUGAGAAGUUUGUGGUGAAGGGUGUUGUGGAUCGCUUCUCAGAAGAGUUUGUGGAGACCAGAAGAAAAGCGCUGGACAAAUUCCUAAAAAGGAUUACAGAUCACCCCGUGCUCUCUUUCAAUGAACACUUCAAUGUGUUCCUCACUGCUAAGGACCUGAAUGCCUACAAGAAGCAAGGGAUAGCAUUGCUGAGCAGAGUGGGUGAGUCAGUCAAGCACGUCACCGGAGGCUAUAAGCUGAGGAGUCGGCCUCUGGAGUUUGCGGCCAUCAGCGACUACUUAGACACUUUUGCACUCAAACUGGGAACCAUCGAUCGGAUAGCCCAGCGGAUCAUCAAGGAAGAAAUAGAGUACCUGGUAGAGCUGAGGGAGUACGGGCCUGUGUAUUCCACCUGGAGCGCCUUGGAAGGCGAGCUGGCCGAGCCCCUGGAGGGAGUGUCAGCCUGCAUUGGGAACUGCUCCACAGCCUUGGAAGAGCUGACAGAUGACAUAACAGAAGAGUUUCUGCCUGUGCUCAGGGAAUACGUUCUGUACUCUGACUCCAUGAAGGGUGUAUUGAAGAAGAGGGACCAAGUUCAAGCAGAGUACGAAGCCAAACUGGAAGCUGUGGCUCUGAGGAAGGAAGAGCGUCCCAAGGUGCCAGCAGAUGUGGAGAAGUGCCAGGAUAGGAUGGAGUGCUUCAACGCUGACCUGAAGGCUGAUAUGGAGAGGUGGCAGAGCAACAAGCGGCACGACUUCCGGCAGCUGCUCGUGGGCUUGGCUGACAAGAAUAUCCAGUAUUAUGAGAAGUGCCUCAUGGCGUGGGAGUCCAUUAUUCCACUACUGCAAGAGAAGCAAGAGACUAAGUAGGUUUUGGAACAGAGACUCUUCUGCCUCCACAGGGCAUGGAACCCUGAACCAGAAUGUCCCUGCAGUGCCGGAGAGGUCGCCGUGGGAAAACAGCACAACAGCACCUCUUGUGUGUGUACUUUCUACCCCCGCCCCCAGUUGUUUUCAGUUAGUAUUUAUUCCUUGGAGUCUAUGAGACUGUAAUCAUCUCUCAGCAGCAUACCUCCGUAUUGUGAAGGAACCUCUUAAAUGGAACACUAAAAGACUUGAAACUGAGGGGCAAGAUAACCCCCACAUGACACGUGACAUCACUUUGGGGACAGCCCAGUUGCCAUUGUGGGACAGAACCCCAGUCCUGCGUUUCAGGGACAUGGGGAGACAUGAAGAAGGCAGCUGCAGCUUGCUGUGGAGACCCCGUGGCUCUGCACUUUACCCGUGAGGGCAUUAACCUGACCCAGCAUGGAAGGAGGUGUGGGUACCUUCUCAGAAAGUCCUUAAUUUACAGUGGCCUGUAGCCUGUGGCCGUGGCCGUGGCUGUGGCCUGCUGCCUGCUCAUGAUGAGUGGCCUCUGUUGACUUGUUUCUGGUUCACGUGGGGCCACCUGAAUCCGUGUCUGUGAGCAUUGACGCUUGAGUGAGCACGCCAGCGUCCUUGUCCUUAUGGGAUGCCUCAGGAUCUUGUUUCUGACACCAGAAUGCAACAGAUGAGAAGCUUUUUGGUGUGAACUGGAAAAAAAAAAAAGGUGCAUUUUUCUCCGUGAAGGUCUUAGUGUAUGUGUUUUGCUUGUUAACUGUCAUCGUGGUUGGGAUUAGACCUGUUUGGAAACAGCUGCUGUCAGUGAUGCUCCGGUGUGCCAAGCCCCAGCUCCGAUGUCUGCUUUGUGCAAUUUGCCUUUACCUCACCAAAAAUGUCUAGUUUAAUCUUCCUGCCGUGCCCGCUGACUGUCUGGGCAGCCUUGCAGUGGGGGCUGAUGUGCUGUCUUAUUUUUGCUGUCACAAUUUGUAAACUCAGUGUGACUUCUAUAUGAGUGUUUUAACCCUCAGCAUUCUGUGGUCAGGAAGAUAAAAGCAUCUGCAGGUCCCUCCAAGACGAGAAGAGCAACAUCAUGCUCUUUGCUUCUGUCUAUGUGGAAAUCUCCGUUUGCAGCCAAAAUCUGGGGGCUGCCACUGUACUUAACAUCUUCAUUUGAAGCCUUUCAGAUUUCCAUAAAGCCAGCAAUCAGAAAGGAUCUCUCUUCCAUACCACUGUUCUUGCUAAAAGGAAGCUGCAUAUUUGUGUUCUUUCAUCUGUGGCUCUUUGCUAAAAAUCCGUAGAUCUGAGCUGCAGGUAAACGGAAGGGGCGUCGUUGUCUUUAAGGUGAGGCGGCCAAGCACUGCUCCGUAUAUAAGUUAAUUUGUAAAUCCGGAGCAGACGGCAUGCUAAGUCCUGUAAUUCCCUCUAACAUUGAGUCAGAUACAUCAUGGGACAUCAUGGGAUGGCAGCUAGAUAGCAUGAAACAAUUUAUCUUCUCAUAUUUGACAAAUUUGUGAUAGAAAUAAUAAUUCCCACAUCUACCGGUACUUGCCUAAACCCUGACUGUGCCAUCCCAAAGGCCUUGAUGUGAAUUUUCUUUGGUACAAAUAGGAAUGGCCCACUGAGGCAGAGGAGUAAGAGUGGUCCAUACACCCAAAUGCCAGCAAAUUGGCAUCUCAUUCUACCUCUAAACCACUGGGUUGGUAUGGGUAUGAAUGCUCAGAGCUCACCCGAGCAUGCUGGUAGAGUCAGGGUGUGUAUUUAGUCACCAACCGGCCUCCAUUGUGUGUAUCAGCAAACACCAGACUCGCUCAGAGGUGAUGUCCAUCUUUGAGAAACAUGAAGCUUUGCUUUGUGGAUUGUAUGCCUGAUAUGAUGAAUAGUCAUGUGAUGAUACAUGGGAAGAACUAUAGAAAGAAUUAUCCAGAAGCUAAGAUUUGAUGGCCAGCUGGUUGCCAAAACCUCAAGUCAAUCCUGUGUGCUGGUUAGUUAUGCAAGAAGAAAGCCCCGUAGAAACAGCCUCCAGCUGCACUGGGAGACGUAGGGAGGGAAGCAGGGUCCACAGCCAUUCCCUCAUGAGAGGUGGCUCUCAUGGCAUCUUGCAAUGUUUGUCUUGUUUUGUUCAUUUGGCCAGUAAGGAAUGUCCCUGGGCUUUGAGUUUCCAGAAAGAGAUGGAAUAAUGGAGACUUUCUUUCCCUGGGGACCAGUGUCAGUGGCAGAGCCAGGGACACCCAUGCACAAGGAGGCAUGCUUGCCCUUCUCCUUGGGAUGGCAGCUGGUGAGCUGAGGAGGCUGGCCUAGAGGAAAAAAGGCAGCAGACAGUGAAGAGGCCUUCCUCCCUCCCUGCUCCACAGGCCCCCUCAGUCCCUGGGAAAGUAUGCACAAAAGAGACUCCCUACAUAGCUCAGAGACUACAGUGCCAAAAUGCCCCAGAGAGGCUCCAUUACUUCUGGAGCCUACAAAGCUGUUCCCUGAUGUCACAGGUCCCUCCGACUCAUUUUCCAGGAGACUUUGCCUUGAGGGUGCCACAGGUGGAGAGAUAAAGAUAGCUUUUGAAGCUUGAACACAUGCCAGUGAGAUGAAAGUUGGCCUUAGCAACUGCCCAGGUCCUGAGAAAUGGAGGGCUUGUUCAUGGGGUUAGAAACCUGCAAAGGCAGCCGGGCGUGGUGGCGCAUGCCUUUAAUCCCAGCACUCGGGAGGCAGAGGCAAGCGGAUUUCUGAGUUUGAGGCCAACCUGGUCUACAAAGUGAGUUCCAGGACAGCCAGGGCUACACAGAGAAACUUCGUCUCGCAAAACCAAAACCAAAACCACCACCAACAACAAAAAACAAAAGUCCAAAAAACCAAAAAACCUACAAAGGCAAAAGAGGUUUGAGAGCCGUGGUUGUUUAGGACAGUUGUGGUUUGUAGCAGGAAAGGACACUCCUGAUGUUGGGAAUUUGCAAGAAGAAUCUGGGCUGAGCUGCUUCAAACAAGGAGGCUUUGCUCUGGAGUGAGGAGGGAGUGACCCCUCAGCCUGUGUAGGGUCCAGUUUUAUGCUCUCGGAAGGCUCAGCAGUGAUUGCUGCCGAGUGGGAAGUAGCUUCUCCCAGCUGUUCCUCACCUCACCAGAUAUUUUCCCAAAGCCGAAACAAGAAAAGUCAGCAUGCCUGGGGCUAGAAGCGGAAUGUAAGAUACGUCUCUAUGCCAAAUGGAGUUGUAGAAUGUACCCUCUCAGCCCAUAAACAGGAGGAAACCAUAUGUGAACACUACAGCCUCUGGCGAGGGCUCUGUGGAGAUUUUAAUUUUAGAAGGGGGCAUGAUGGCAGUGUUUCUCUUUUAGGACAACACCCACGGAACACUCAAAGGCUGUGUGACUUGUCCUGUCCUGUGGCACCGAAGCCCUAGGUAGCUGGCUGUUUUGAUGAGGUCAUUUGAAUCAUGGGAGUGUCCUUACACUACACUAUCCUGAGCUGGUUGGGGUGGGUAGAAGAAGGCAAGGACUGCCUGAGAGGCUGCGUUGACCCUACUGAUGUGGGUCUUGGGAUGGGCUGGAACAGGGUUCCUGCCUGAGUAGGUGGAACUGGCAACCUUGAAGGGUGAUUCCCCCCCACCCCCAGAGGAUCAGCUGCCUGUGGUUGGGACAGGGCACACCACCUUCCCUCAGACGGUCUUGCUAAGUAUAUGACUGGGAGAGUUUGGUCAUUUUUGUGUACCCUAUGGUGGGAAUGUGGGGUUGCCUUUCAAAAGCCUUCAGGAUGGCAACAGAUUGGAUGUGCUAUCUCAGUGCCUGCAGGUCUCUCUGCUCGAGGCAGCAGGGGGCGCUUUGCAGUAUAGUUGAGGAAAAUGACCGCUCCUUGACCAAACUGAGAUGCACUUGGUGUGUGGGAACUGAUUGCUUCCUCCCUGUUUAUAAUUCAGUGAAUAAUCACGGGCCCAAUAUUUUACUAACCCACUCUGUAGGUUGUCAGUGUUCCAUUUUGAAAGUGUCCCCGUGGUUGCACACUUCAGAGGACAGGGACUCUGUGUGUCUAAGAAGGCUGGGAUGAGGGCUCUGUUACAGGGCAGACUGUUCUCUCAUAGUCUUAUCUGUUUGAAUAUUCCUGGGUAUGACUUUAUGUGUGGCAAAAACCCACAUUACCAAAGUAGUUUUUAACUACUGUAAUUUGUAAAUAAGUGUUGUGGCAGGUGGGAACCUUUAAAAGAUCAGUAAGAUGUUUCUCAUAUUUAUGAACUUAGCACUUGAAAACCAACACACUCAGAAAAAGCCACAGAUUGUUAAAAGCCUAAUUGUAGUUCGUAACAAUUUGUCAGUACGUACUAAUUGCCUUAUUCUUCAGCUAGUGGUUUAUAAAGAGGCUGCAUAGAAAGUUUUACACAUGGAAGCAGCUGAUGUAGAGACUUCAUAUAGGCAGCUGCAGUCCUAAAGUCUCAAGCUAGAGGGUGGGGGCCACGGAAGGAAGGCAGCCUUUCAGGUAGCAAGAUUAAAUAUUGCUGUUGCCAAAUAGUAUUUGAAAUAAUACCAGAAAACGGGGACCACAGUACUGUUCGAUGUUUUCAAGUGAGAAAGAGGAAUGUAGUAUGCUUUGGCAUAGUUUGGGAGUGGAGAAUACAGACAUUAUCAGCAGUGACAAAUCACAUAGCUUCAAAAACUCCUCCAGUUUGUGACAACAUGACAGGUGUGACAGCAUGACAGGUUUGCUCUGCUUCUGCAGAGUGGGCCCCAGAGGUCACUUAGGACUGAGAUGCUCCAAAGUUUGAAGUGCCAAAUAACAUGAAACGUGCUCUGUCGACUCAAUAUUAAAGCCAGGGUGAAGAGUUGCAAACCCCUCUGUCCCUGCAGUACUGCCUGAGUGUGUGGUGAUUCUGGGCUCUCCACAACCAGCUCAAAGCAGCUAGCACCCGUGCUCACUGUUGUUGGACGGGCUGGUCCACAGCCUCAGACCCACGCUCUGCCGAGAUACUGGACGGGAGGAAGGAUUUUUCCUAGACUGCGGAUUGGCGUGACAAAGCAAUGGCUGUGUCAGCUGGGCCUUCAUCCAGGAACAGACCAACAUAAACCAGCAUCUUCUACCAGUUAGCACUGUCCUCCUGGACCAUGCUGAGGGUUGGGCCUCUCCCUCAGAGUCCUUUCUCACUGUAGUUCUGUGUGCCUGUUCCCUUCAUGCCUGAGUCAGGAAUACAUGGAGAGACAGCCUACAUCUGACAGACUCCCACAAAACAAACUGCCAGCAAACUUUCUAACUCAUUUUAACCGUUCAAGCGGGGAAUUAAAACAAACUUUUGGACUAUUUUUUUUUAAUUGUUCUUUAUGUUUAAAACUUGCAGAGAUAGAAGCAGGCUUCUGAGGUACGGGGUCUUGCUGUGUGCUCUCUCUCCGUGCUGCCGUUAAGCCAAAACAAAAGCUGUGAACAUAGGUGCUUGAGAGAAUGCGUGUUGACAGGAAAGUGACUGAUUUACAGACCCAAGUCUUUGUCUCAUGAAACUACCAAAAAAGAAUGUCACCUUUUUUCUUUGUUGUGGAACCAGAGAUUAUAAAAAGGAAAAAAAAGGAAAAAAAAAAGUUGUCUUGUUGUAUUUUUGAUGCUGGCACAAGGUUCUUGUCCACUUUGGUUUUUCUUAUCUCUGUAUGUAAGAAAUUCUGUUUGUUGUUUACUAUGGAAUUAGUAUUACAUUUUGAGGUAAACAAAGAAUUUGUAUUGCUUGAUAAACUAUUAGCUUGUAAAUUAAAAUUUUUUUCUUUACCUCAGUUAACUUAAGUAAUGGACCAAUAAACCUAUCAAAGCUGCUUCAUUUCUUCCGGA